GCGUGCGCCGAACUGUCAGACGAGCCUUGUCAUUGAAUAUUUUUCCGUGCAGUACCAGUUCAGCAGUUCGAGUCGCAGUCCCGUCAAUCAGUCGUGGAGGAAAAAAUUAGGAAAGAAUCUUUUCCAAUCGUUUUUUCGCAUGCAAAGUUGUUGUAACUAGAGAAUUUCGACGGAUUUCGUUAGUUUUGGUCGAGCGCCAGUGAUUUCGUUGUAAAAUGUGAGCAGGUUGAGACGGAUCGUCGCGAAAAAACGCAAAUUUCUCAUCUCCAAAUUUGCGAACCGCGGUUCCGAGGAUGAUUUCAUAAACUUCCUGAAAAAAAACAGCAGCAGAGACGAAAUAGCAAAAAAAAAAGGCGAGCUGAACAAAAAAUAAUGAUUUUCAACCUUGAACGACAGCAAACAUCAUCAUCGUCGUCGUCGCGGUCGUCAAUUUCGCGUUGAAAAGAGCUCGGUGUGGAAAAUCACGGCACCGAAAAUUAUACAUUCCGCCGGGGUCAAGUGUGUCCUUUAACGGGGGUUGACCUGGUGCCCCUGGCGCCGAGUGGUAGGAAAAAAGUGCAGUUUUGUAUUGUGUGUGGCAAGUUGCAAAUUAUUAUUGACGUGAUCGUCUCUGCUCCGGUAAAAAUAAACAUCGGAUUGUGCAAAGUUGUUUGUUUGUGGCAGAAUUAGUAACUGGGGAAGAUUCUUAUCAGCACCAGGGCGUGAAUUGGGACGGGAAUAAUCUCCCCCGAAGGAAAGGCCACUUUUGCGUGUGUGUGGGGGCGAACCUUGAAGAAGCAAACGCAGUAAACUAAUCGAAGAAGGAAAACAUCAUCAAGAUCGUCUUGAAACUAUUUACCACGCCCGAAAGAACGCAGCAGGAAGAAGGGGUUUCCGCACCCAACCCACCCACUCCGACGCAACCCGAGGGAUAACAUAAACAAUGGGAAGCGUCUGGAAGCGGCUGCAGCGUGUCAACAAGCGGGCGGCCAAGUUCUCCUUCACCGUCUCGUACCAUGAGCUGCGCAUGGAGACCACGGCCAAAUGGCGUCCCCACAGUUUGCACGUGGUGUGGACACGCCGUUCGCGCCGCGUUUUGUCCAGUGCCCUGGCCUGGGAACCGGAUCUGGUCAAUCCGGUGAGCAGCACGAUGGCGUGGCCAAUGCCGGACAAUCACACCAUCGCCGUAACGCUCUUCAAGGACAUCCGGACGCACGAGCUCGAGGACAAGGACUGGACCUUCGUGCUGGAGGACGUGUCCCAGCUGGGCAAGAAACGCCUGCUGGCCUCGGCUACGAUCAACAUGCGCAAAUACGCCAGCAUCGAGUCCACCCAGCAGACGUUCACGCUGGAAAUGCGGCCCACGUCCAAGAAGAUUCUGUCGGCGCAGCUGGAACUUACGCUGAGCUGUGUGUUUUUGCGCGAGGGAAAAGCUACCGAUGAGGACAUGCAGAGCAUCAUUUCGCUCAUGUCGGUGAACAACGUGUGUGAUAUUGCCCCGCUGGAUGAUCUGGAGGACAUUCCGGACAUGGAGAGUUCGAUAGAGAUCUCGGAACAUGUGCUCGAUUUUACGCAGCAGCUGGAGCAGCUGACCACCAGUUUGAACAGUUCGGAUUUGGCGACACCGAUGAGUGUACCCUCCCUCUCGGACGACCAAACCCCAGUGGUCAGCGGCUCCCGGGACAUGCUCAAAGAAAUACUCAACGAUCGCGGCUACAUCUCGCUGACCAGCGAGGGAGGCAGCAGCACAACCACCACCAAAGAAUCGGACGAAAACGACAACAGCAAGGAGAAACCUCCGGAGCAUUUUUACCCCAAAAUCGUGGACUACGAGCCGAAGUUCUCCUUCAGCAAACCGAAGGAAGCCGCGGAUCACAUUCCAAAGACGGUCAGUGCACUGGAAGAGUCCCAGCGGUUGGACGAGGAGCAGAUGGAUUUGCUGGAAGCACUCGACGAGGCGGAGGAGGAGGAGCCGCAGAAGAGUCCGGUUGAGGUUGAGGAGCCAACACCGCAACCGUCGCCGGCACCUGUUCCGAAAAUUGUGGAGAGCGAACCGGCCGCGAAAAAGUCUCCGGAGGAACAGCAGAGCAGCAGGGCGGAGUUGAAGCCGCUGAAACUGAUCAAAAGCUACGACCAUCAACCUCCGGUUGUGGUUGCUGAAAAAGAAGUUGCUGCUGCUGCAGCGGAGAUUGAAAAGGUUGAAGUCGUUGAGCUACCACCAAAGGUGGUGGUGCCUCCGGCACCGGAACCAAUCGUGGAGUUCAAGAAGCCACUCCUACGUGAUAGCACCCCAGGGCAGGAUCUGCUCGAGUGGUGCAAGGAGAUUACCAAGAGCUACAACGGAGUCAAGGUUACGAAUCUGACCACCAGUUGGCGCAACGGGAUGGCGUUCUGUGCAAUAAUACAUCACUUUUAUCCUAGUUUAAUUGACCUAAGCAAGCUGUCCCCAGGAAACGUGAUAGAGAACUGCCGGACGGCGUUCGACGCGGCGGAAAAGUUGGGCAUUCCGCGCGUCAUCGAACCACGGGACAUGAACAUGCUGGCGGUGCCCGACAAGCUGGCCGUCAUGACGUACCUGUACCAGCUGCGGGCCCACUUUACCGGCCACCAGCUGGAGGUGCACACGAUAGGUGAAACCUCGGACGACUCGAGCUACGUCAUCGGCAACUACAAAUCGGACAAGCUCACGAAAGACCUCCUCAAUCUGAACGACAUGAUCACGCCCCGCGAGGACGAUCCGCUCAAAAAGGACGCCGCCGCCGCCGGAAAGGCCCAACUCUCGAAGGCCCUGCUGGGUAAGGUGCUUUCGCCAACCAAAGAAAAGCUGGCCGCGUUCGGAACAACCCCGUCCGCGCUGGACGGAACCGGACCGAUGCCGAACGGAUCUUCGGAGCAGUCCAACAAUAGUCUAAACAAUAACACCACCACAUCGAACGGGGAGGCCGAGCAGGUUGACGAGACGGAGAAAGUCAACGGUAAAAGUGACGAGGACGGGGACGUGCUGCGGGUGCCGCCCUCGUUGGACACGGCCAUGACAAACAGAAUCAUUAUGCGGCAUAAGGAAAUGAGUGAAAAAGCUAAAUUAAUGAUUGAAAAGCUUAGAACCACUAGUAUAGAUAAAAGUGGUGACAUGGACGCUAACGAACGCCACGCGCGCCUUCGCGAGCAAGCCCGCCAGCUGAUUGCCAGCAAGGCGAAACCACCCCGGUUGCUCAACCUGGACUCGCCGUCUUCGCCAACCAAACUGAUCAACGCAAGCGCCCAGCGGGCGGUCAACUUCAGCCCGGAGCGGACGAUUUCGCCGAUCAACAACCAGCCGGAGUUUAUCUUCCCAAGCGUAACGAUGGCGAUGCGGAACAAGGACUCUCCGGGUGGAACCGACGGUAGUGACGCCAACAGUAAUCUGCUGCUGAAACGGGCAAGUCCCUCGCCGAACAAGGUUUCGCCGUCGUUGCUGGAGGCGUUGAUCACCCCGAAAAAUGAGGGCCGGGUGGAAAAGGUCAACUACAUCCAGAGCGAGCUGAACAAGCUGGAGCGAGAGCAGGAAGCGAUCGAUCAGAAGGCGAAUGCCCUCGAGAAGAAGCUUCGAGCUGUGAUGGGAGGAACCAUGAACAAUGUGAGUGAAACCGAGGAUCAACUCAUGUCCCAAUGGUUUACGCUGGUGAAUAAGAAGAACGCCCUGCUGAGGCGGCAGAUGCAGCUUAAUCUACUUGAGCAAGAGAACGAUCUUGAGAAAAAGUACGACAUGCUGAAUCUGGAGCUGCGGGCGGCCCUCUCGAUCGAGGACUGGCGGAAAACGGAGGAGCAGCGCGAAAAGGAAGCGCUGCUGCUGGCGGAGCUGGUUGCGAUCGUGGACAAGCGCAACGAGCUGGUGCAGAACCUGCACAGCCAGGAGCAGGCCAUCGAAGACGAUGACGAGAUCGAGCGGAAGCUGGAAACGGUCGACAUCAACCACAAGGACGAAAAGUGUGUCAUCCAGUAGAUGAAGGCUAUGGCGCCCUCUUUUUUGCUGUCACAUCACACCCCUUUACCCCGAAUACUCAGACAUCAACCGGCGUGGCGGUCUCUGAAAAGGUAAUUGUUUUCUGAUCCAAAUUCUAAAGCAUGAUGAAUUUUGAAUCCGUUGGAUUGGGGACAAAGAAAAAAACGAGAGAUUGAGCUAGAAAAAUCCACACAAACAACAAUCAUCACUUACAAACAUUACAUUACUCGUCGUCGUCGUCGAAGCUUUAGUUCUGUCUCAAUUCCGUCCGAGAAAAAAAGGAGUUUGAUUUCUUUGGUAAAGAUAACUUUACGAUUGCUUUAGAUGUUGUUUCGUGGAUGCACCAAAAUGAGGAAAGAAAGAAUGAACAAGUGAGCAAAGCUACUUUUUUCAGAGAUACAAAGAAACAUUAUUGGGAUUUCAUUAAGUUUUGUUCUGACAGACAGCAUUGGUUGUAAAUAUUCGUUAAGGUAAGCAAACCUAAGCCUGGGAGGUUCGACCGGGAGUCCCCCUUGGAUCGCGGGAGGGUCGAAUCUGUCUCUCACUUUUAAAUCGCCUAGAGCUGUAACUAUUUAUUAGCUUGUUUUUAAUCAGUCCAACUAUUUUAACACUCAUUUUUAUUUAAAUUUAAGCGCUUAUGCUUUAAUAUAAGAGCUGGUAAAAACUUUGAAUUGAACAAAGCGGGCUAAAACACACAAUAAUGCUAAGAGGAAACUAUCACGUGAUAAUUAUGAAAAAUCCAAAAAAUAACUAAGUU